AUGUCGCCACAAGUCGUGGGAUCUCCCGCCAAAAGUCCUUUCCCGGUGAUGGAAGUCCAAGGCGCAGUAAAUCUUUCCUUCAGCCAACAUCGUGUCGCGCUCUGGCCGGCCAUACAGCAAAUACUUCCUAGCGGUUUCGUCACUGUCCGAGCAGAGCUUCCAGAGGACUACAUAGUCGAUAUUGAGAACCGGCGAGCGCAGCUGCCGAUACAUAUCGAUCGUCCCUACGGCACUGUCCCUGAGAGCUGGCUGAUGAGCCUCCCGCAAUCGGCAGUCAAAGGCCUUGCAGAUGCCUAUUUUGCCGUCUUCCACCGUAACACGCCGAUCCUUGACAAGUAUCAUUUCUUCUCAAGCACACUAGGCACAGCUAUGGAGAACGAGUUCGGGUACGACGUGGAGUCUGCGCUGGUACUCAACGUGCUUGCCUUAGGUUGCUUAGCUGUCAAGGCUCACGAGGAAGGCGACUUUGCUCUUCCCUUGCGCCACUCUCCAGCCAGACGUGGCUUCGUGCACCCGGAUUGGUACGAACUCGUUGCAGAUGAUCCACCGGGGCUCAAAUUCUUCAAUGAAGCAAGGCAUCGCUUCGGCUUCCUCAUGUGCGAUAACGAUGUUCAAGCAGGUCAAUUUUACAUGCUUUCGACCCUGUAUUAUGCUCAGAUUCUCCGGCCUCUCGAUUCUUGGACCACCGUGAACAGGGCGGCCCUCUGUUGCGCUAGCAUUCUCACCCGCACGGGAGCGAUUGACUAUGACACAUGGGAGGGCGAUAUGUUAUCACGACUGUUUUGGUGUACUUUGAUGUACGAAACAGUCAUCACACAGGAACUGGACCUACUUCCGCAUAGCGGCCUAUUAGACUACGAGCCAGAUACGCCUCUACCGAAGUUUACCCAAUGCCCACGGCCAAAGACGUCCAUAUCGGGACUGCUUACCGAUGAAGAGGACUCUUUCUUCAACUUCCACUUUCUCGCUCAAGCGGCCCAUCGCAUCAUCCUGACACGCGUAAAGCAGAGCCUGUAUACCUUUGCGGAGAAAGACGGUUACCCCAGCGCCAGUUUGACAGCAGAAAUGCAUCACCAACUAGAGCAGUGGCGCGCAAACCUCCCACCGUCGCUUCAGUUCUCCGACACCGACAACGCCAGUGACUCACCCAGCCCUGCACACGUCAUCGCGAAGGCCAUGCUGCGAAGCCGCUACCUCGUCGCAAAGUUCCACAUUGGCCGUCCGUUCCUCUACAAAGCGCUGCAUGCACCAGCGUUCACCAGUGAUGCAGAGUACAACGAGGUGCGCGAGGGUCUGCGCGGUGGCAUGUACUGGCCAACUACCAUGGGUCUUUGCACGCAAAUGUUGUCGGCUCUACCAAUCAAGUUUGGGUGGUGUUGUCAGUGCUUUGGACAGGUGCUAUUGUUUCACGCCGUAGCGCAGUCGCCAGACCCAAGAUUACGAGAAACGCUGCCGGAAGGAUGGCGCGAGUGGGUAGGUAUCAUGAUGACCUUGAUCGAGAGUUGUGCGAGAAGCAGUCCUGGUAUUGCAAAGGACUACGAGCUAUUGCGCUUGUUGGACGCCUAG